AGCCAGUGAACACGGUGAAUGUCUUUGAAAGAGAAGUCGUACUGGAAGUGAAGGCAGUGGAUGGAGGAGCCUCGAUCGUGGUGUGGCGAGUCCAUCGUGGGCCUUCAGAAUGACCAGCUUGCUCCUAGUUAGGGCAGGACAGAAAAUUUCAUUGUCUUCAGCCAAAUCCUGCGUUCGUAGUCGGCUUAGAUUUCAAGCAAUACCCGAAGCAGCAGCACCCUGUCUCAGCAUCGUAAGAGGUGUGGCAAUGUCGUCGUCCCCUAUUACUAGUACUGAUAGCAGUGGCGAUGCCGCCAAGCCCAAGAAGAGCAGCACGAAGAAAUCAGAGAAAUCGGAAGUGGACCCGAGGAUCAUUGAACUGGACAGCAUUGAUGAUGUUCAGGAGUUGGAUGUCUAUCAAAAAUUGUCCGAUGAGCACCAAGACAUAGCCUUCGCUCACCACACAUCUAUGCAACUGCGUGAGAAGUUCUACCGUGAUCCGGAAACAGGCAACUACGUGCAGACGUCGUUUUCGCAUCGCAAUCGCGGCAAGUGCUGCGGCUGUGGGUGCCGACAUUGCCCGUUCGUGCACACCAACGUUGCUGAUGACAAGAAGGGAGAAAAGAGCUUCAACGGCCUCUUCUAUGUUUGAUCCACUGCUGACAGUGUCCUAGCUAUCGGAGUACUCUGAGCUGAUACACCAUGUACCAAGACUCGUAUGGCGGGUCAGCUGAUCAGACAUCAUCGAAGUUCGCUGCACGUCCUAUAUCGGAUGAUCGGCUAGCCGAUCAAGCCGAUGCGAGAUUCCGUCAAGGUAACGUGGACCUCAGCUGUCACACCACCGAGUGCCAGCACGAGCGUGAGCGACUCCACCGUGCCUCACCUGUCUUGGUAGCACUGCUGUGCUGUGCACUGCUGUUAUGCUGCAGUGUGUCAAUGGCCAUACCGGUACAGUCCCGGCUGUCGGAGAACACCGCACUGCUCCCAGGUGAACCGAUCGAUCUGCUUGCUUGCUUGCUCAACGGCGCUCUCCCGAGCGGGGUCAAUCGCACACAGCGAGAACGGAUGGUCUCUGUGCUGCUAAAGUUGCAGGUGCACUCUACCAAUGGACUCUGGUGUUGGUGUAUCUCAAGUGUGUAUGGUGUAGGUGGUUCACAGUAGUACUGAUGCAGUACUUGCACACGUAUACCGCUGCCCUUCAAACACUCUACUACUGCGGAUCAGCGACACGACUUGCACUGAUCUUCAGUGCGUCUUCGCCCGCAUUGAGUGUAAUGACAGAGGCUCUAUUCGUGACGUAUAUCGACUAUCUAUGUCCUAUCAGUAUCCGACUGUCUGGCCCGCCCGCAUGCUUGCUACUGUUCACCCGCUUUGAUAUCUCGUUCCAUUUCAUUGCAUGCCCAUCACUGUACACUGGAAUACCAGAACUGGGCCCUUUGCACUUCUCUGUUUUUUUUUGUAGAUCGAGACCGUGUGAUGAGCUGAUGGACUAUGUCCUGUGUCCCUUUCUCCGGUA